AUGGCCGUUGGAACUCGAUCCAAAGCGCGUGAAAUUCGCCAAAAUUCCAAGCUAUUUUUACCACCUGAGUUAUGGAACCAGAUAUGUCAAAGUCUGAGCAUCGAGGAGGUUUGUGCACUGCGCUUAAGCUGUAUUGCGUGGAGCCUUGGGACCUACGACUAUUUCGCUGACCAGUUGUUCCACGACUUCUACCUCACACUCACCAGUGAUGGCUUACGCGCCUUGGAGUAUGUGGCUGGCCACAAAGUCUUUAGCGCGCAUGUCAAGCACGCAAUACUUCGGGUAUCCACUGAUUCUUAA